CGGACAGGCGGGUCGGUCGUCCAUGGUAUCCAAUUGCUACGUCGUUCCGAUGCUUCAGCCUCAGGAGCUCUCGGUUUGACUGGACUAGGUAGCCUGGCGGGAUGUACUGUGAGACCACGGUUCUCGUAUCGACUGGUCUCGGACUCUUCUUGUGCUAGCUACGGUAGCAUAGAAUGGUCAUACAGCCCGCGCCGGUCUGUGAGCCAAUGUAUGCGGAGUUUGGGGGUGGGAGCAAAGUGUCUCCUGCGUCUCUUACACUCAUAGCAUUCACGCUUGCGAUCCCACUUCUCCAUCCCUCGUUCCUACAUGGCUACCAUGUCCAUACAGGAGCUGCCCUCGGAGCUGCUCGUCUUCAUAUUCCUGAACUUAGACCCUCUCUCCGCCAUCAAAUGCCGGGCAGUAUGCAAAGACUGGGAGGCCCUGGGCAAAUCAAACUUGUUCAUGAGGGCCCUCUGCCAGCACGAACGCUUUCUUGCCCCAGGACAGACCUUAUCCAGCCUCCGCAAACCGAAGCGUCGCCCGCGCGGUUCAUACCUCAGUUGGUCCCACACUCAUUCUCAAGGGCAGCUCAAGGGCUUAAGACUAAAGGAUAUGGCAUCGUACGACGUCUUUUUCAAGAACAAGUGGCAGAUACAGAAUGCCUGGCCUCCUUCAAGAGUGCCUGCGGAGUUGUCUCCUUCCAUCUCUGCGCCGGGUAGUACCGAGGUCGAGGCCACUCUCGAUGCAGCAGUCAAGGACCCCAAACUCGAAACAUCAACAUCGUCGUUGCCAUCGAAGACUACCGAUAGGCCAUCGCUUCUGAAGAUGUACAGUACGAGCCUUCGUCCCGGCACAUUUUUUCCGGGCACGGCCUGCUUCGAUCGAGCAGAAGAAUGCCUCGUCACUUCAAUAAAGAACGAGUCUGGGCUGGCUGUCAUCGAUGCUCUCACGGGCAGCGUGCUUUCGUUCUAUCGUCGUUCGGCAGCAGGUCGACCGGCAGGGGCUCAGCUAUGGCUCAGCGAAGGCUGGAUAGUGUAUGCUACAGGACACAAAGAGCUCCUCGUGAGUUCCACUCUGUACUAACAGUUACCCAAAACUUAACCCAAGUCACACGCAUUCCGCGAUAGGUCUGCCGCUUCGAGCGUCUCAUCAAACCCAUACAAGAGCCACGACGAGGGUUUCUACA